AGGGGGGGAGGAGCAGGAAGUGGCGGUGCGAGGGCUGCUGCACAGCUAGCAGAGCCGCGGUCCGGACGGCAGCGCGUGCCCCGAGCUCUCCGCCUCCCCCCGCCCGCCAGCCCGAGCCCAGCCCGCGGCCCCAGCAGCAGCGCCGAGAGCAGCCCCAGCAGCAGCGCCAUGGCCUCGUGGAACGCCUACAUCGACAACCUCAUGGCGGACGGGACCUGUCAGGACGCGGCCAUCGUGGGCUAUAAGGACUCGCCCUCCGUCUGGGCCGCCGUCCCCGGGAAAACCUUCGUCAACAUCACGCCAGCUGAAGUUGGUGUCCUGGUUGGCAAAGACCGGUCAAGUUUUUUCGUGAAUGGGCUGACAGUCGGGGGCCAGAAAUGUUCUGUGAUCCGGGACUCACUGCUGCAGGAUGGGGAGUUUACCAUGGAUCUUCGCACCAAGAGCACCGGGGGAGCCCCCACCUUCAACGUCACUGUCACCAUGACUGCCAAGUCGCUAGUCCUGCUGAUGGGCAAAGAAGGUGUCCACGGUGGUAUCAUCAACAAGAAAUGUUAUGAAAUGGCCUCCCACCUGCGGCGUGCCCAGUACUGACCUCGUCUUUCCCUUCCCCCUACCACUUCUCGAUGCUUUGGCACUCCUCUCCUUCCCAUACACACACACACGUACCAUUUUUAUUUUUUGGGCCAUUACCCUAUACCCCUUAUUGCUGCCAAAACCACAUGGGCUGGGGGCCAGGGCUGGAUGGAAGACACCUCCCCCUACCCAUACCCCUCCCGCGUGUGAUUGGAAAACAAUUUUUUUUGUUUUUUGUUUGUUUUUUUUUCUGAAUAAAAAAGAUUCUAACAA